AUGCGAUUUGGCCUGCCAUCAAAAUUGGAACUCACUCCUCCGUUUAGGAUAGGCAUCCGAACUCAACUAACGGCACUAGUUAGUAUAGUGGCUUUGGGCUCACUGAUUAUUCUGGCUGUAACGACAGGGGUCUAUUUUACCUCGAACUAUAAAAAUUUAAGGUCCGAUAGACUGUACAUUGCCGCUCAGUUAAAGUCAUCACAGAUUGACCAAACUCUAAACUACUUAUAUUACCAGGCGUACUAUUUGGCAUCAAGAGACGCCCUGCAAAGCUCACUAACAAGUUACGUUGCAGGUAACAAGAGUGCAGAUAAUUGGGUAGAUUCCUUGAGUGUGAUUCAAAAAUUUUUGAGCUCUUCAAACUUGUUUUAUGUUGCUAAAGUUUACGAUUCUUCAUUUAAUGCUGUUUUGAACGCUACGAAUAAUGGAACUGGUGAUCUAAUUCCAGAAGAUGUUUUAGACAGUUUGUUCCCAUUAUCCACCGAUACACCGCUACCUUCUUCACUGGAAACUAUAGGUAUAUUGACGGAUCCAGUACUAAAUAGCACCGACUAUUUGAUGUCUAUGUCUUUACCUAUUUUUGCCAAUCCUUCUAUUAUCUUGACUGAUUCAAGGGUUUACGGAUACAUUACUAUAAUAAUGUCGGCAGAGGGUCUGAAAAGUGUGUUCAACGAUACAACUGCUUUAGAACAUUCCACAAUUGCCAUUAUUUCUGCAGUAUAUAAUAGUCAAGGCAAAGCUUCAGGGUAUCAUUUUGUCUUUCCACCGUAUGGAUCACGAUCAGACCUCCCGCAAAAAGUUUUUUCUAUAAAAAAUGAUACAUUCAUUAGUAGCGCAUUUAGAAACGGGAAGGGAGGGUCUUUGAAACAAACCAAUAUCCUUUCUACACGGAAUACUGCUUUAGGCUAUUCACCAUGUUCGUUUAACCUAGUUAAUUGGGUCGCGAUAGUUUCACAGCCUGAGUCGGUUUUCCUUUCUCCAGCAACGAAACUAGCAAAAAUCAUCACCGGCACUGUCAUCGCUAUUGGUGUCUUUGUCAUUUUGUUAACCCUUCCUCUAGCACACUGGGCAGUGCAACCAAUUGUACGUCUACAAAAGGCAACUGAAUUAAUUACAGAGGGGAGAGGCCUUCGACCGAGCACCCCAAGAACGAUAAGCAGAGCCAGUUCAUUCAAAAGAGGAUUUAGUUCUGGAUUUGCUGUUCCUUCUUCGUUAUUACAAUUUAAUACUGCUGAAGCUGGCAGCACCACAAGCGUAAGUGGCCAUGGAGGCAGUGGCCAUGGCAGUGGUGCAGCUUUUUCAGCAAAUAGUAGCAUGAAAAGCGCUAUAAACCUUGGAAAUGAGAAAAUGUCACCUCCAGAGGAGGAGAACAAAAUACCGAAUAACCACACCGAUGCUAAAAUAUCAAUGGAUGGCUCGCUAAAUCACGAUUUGCUUGGACCACAUUCCUUGAGACAUAAUGACACUGACAGAAGUUCCAAUAGAUCUCACAUUCUCACAACUUCUGCAAAUUUAACUGAAGCUAGGCUACCAGAUUAUAGAAGACUAUUUUCUGAUGAACUUUCCGAUUUAACAGAAACCUUCAAUACUAUGACAGACGCAUUAGACCAACAUUAUGCUCUUCUAGAAGAAAGAGUUAGGGCGAGGACAAAACAACUCGAAGCUGCCAAGAUUGAGGCAGAGGCCGCAAAUGAAGCAAAAACCGUCUUUAUUGCCAAUAUUUCGCACGAAUUGAGAACGCCUUUAAAUGGUAUUCUGGGUAUGACGGCUAUUUCAAUGGAAGAAACCGAUGUUAACAAAAUAAGAAAUAGUUUAAAACUCAUUUUUAGAUCAGGUGAGCUUUUGCUUCAUAUUCUAACGGAAUUGUUAACUUUUUCCAAAAACGUUCUUCAAAGAACGAAACUGGAGAAAAGAGAUUUUUGCAUUACCGAUGUUGCCUUACAAAUAAAAUCGAUAUUUGGUAAAGUUGCAAAGGAUCAGCGUGUUCGUCUUUCAAUAUCAUUGUUUCCUAAUUUGAUAAGGACAAUGGUUCUUUGGGGUGAUUCCAACAGAAUUAUUCAAAUUGUGAUGAAUCUAGUGUCCAAUGCACUAAAGUUCACCCCUGUAGAUGGUACCGUUGAUGUAAGAAUGAAACUGUUGGGUGAAUACGACAAAGAAUUAAGCGAGAAGAAGCAAUACAAAGAAGUGUAUAUCAAAAAAGGGACAGAAGUAACCGAAAAUUUAGAAACUACAGAUAAAUACGAUCUUCCAACUUUAUCGAACCAUAGGAAAAGUGUCGAUUUAGAAUCCAGCGCUACUUCCCUAGGAAGUAAUAGAGACACUUCGACAAUUCAGGAAGAGAUAACAAAAAGAAAUACUGUUGCGAAUGAAAGUAUCUAUAAGAAAGUGAAUGACAGGGAAAAAGCUUCGAAUGAUGAUGUAUCUUCUAUAGUAUCAACAACUACCAGCUCGUAUGAUAACGCUAUCUUCAAUAGUCAGUUCAAUAAAGCACCUGGCUCAGAUGAUGAAGAAGGUGGUAACCUAGGAAGACCUAUCGAAAACCCCAAAACGUGGGUUAUUUCUAUUGAAGUGGAAGACACUGGGCCUGGUAUUGACCCUUCCUUACAAGAAUCUGUAUUUCAUCCAUUUGUUCAAGGUGAUCAAACAUUGUCCAGGCAAUAUGGUGGUACUGGCUUAGGUCUAUCAAUCUGUAGACAGUUAGCAAAUAUGAUGCAUGGAACGAUGAAAUUAGAGUCGAAAGUAGGUGUUGGUAGUAAAUUCACUUUUACCUUGCCAUUAAAUCAAACUAAAGAGAUCAGUUUUGCAGAUAUGGAGUUUCCUUUUGAGGACGAAUUUAAUCCUGAGAGUAGAAAGAACAGAAGAGUCAAGUUUAGUGUUGCUAAAAGCAUCAAGAGCCGACAAUCCACAUCAUCUGUUGCAACACCAGCUACAAAUAGAAGUAGCCUAACCAACGACGUGCUACCGGAGGUAAGAAGUAAAGGUAAGCAUGAGACGAAAGAUGUUGGAAAUCCUAACAUGGGAAGAGAAGAAAAAAACGACAAUGGAGGGCUUGAACAACUGCAGGAAAAAAAUAUUAAACCUUCUAUAUGUCUUACAGGUGCUGAAGUUAACGAACAAAAUUCCUUGUCUUCUAAGCAUCGUUCUCGACAUGAAGGUCUAGGUUCUGUCAAUCUUGAUAGACCAUUUUUGCAAAGUACUGGUACAGCCACAUCAAGUAGAAACAUCCCCACAGUCAAAGACGACGAUAAAAAUGAAACAAGUGUCAAAAUUUUGGUUGUAGAAGAUAAUCAUGUAAAUCAGGAAGUUAUCAAAAGAAUGUUGAACUUGGAGGGCAUUGAAAAUAUUGAACUGGCUUGCGAUGGCCAAGAAGCAUUCGACAAAGUUAAAGAAUUGACAUCUAAGGGCGAAAAUUAUAAUAUGAUUUUCAUGGAUGUCCAGAUGCCUAAAGUGGAUGGUUUACUUUCUACCAAGAUGAUAAGGCGCGAUUUAGGUUAUACCUCACCUAUUGUCGCUCUAACCGCUUUUGCUGACGAUAGCAACAUUAAAGAAUGUUUGGAAUCAGGAAUGAACGGAUUUUUAUCGAAACCAAUCAAAAGACCAAAAUUGAAAACUAUUCUUACUGAGUUUUGUGCAGCAUAUCAGGGAAAGAAAAAUAACAAAUGA